CACGGGGUGACAAAGUCCUUUGGGCCCCCUCCAAAUUACGGUGCAGAGAAGGGCCGUGCCUAAGGCUGUGGAUAAAGCUCGAGCCUGCAGUUAGACCCAGCCUAGAGUGGGUCUCCACCACCCCGUGCUCCCCUACACCAUCAGCUCCUUCUGGGGAUUUUCCUAUGGGACAGGAUCAGCACGGCAACACCUGAGAUUUCUGGUCGCUUUGGGGCAACUCCUGUGUCUUUGGUAGAGCUUUUCUCUUCCUCUUCUCUCCCCUCACCCCCUUCACAGCCUGAAAAUGCUGGACACCAUCAGCAGCCAGUACGACUCCUUCAUCUACUGGAGGAUGCCGAUCCCACGGCUGGACAUGGCCGAGCUGGAGGGGCUGGGGCUCGCAGACAUGGCUCUCUACAAGCCCAAGGGAGGGCUGGGCAAGCUCGGGGACAGCCAGGACCUCUCCCAGGAAGAGGACAGUCUGCUGCAGUUCAACAGCUUUAACUUCUGGCGAGCUCCCAUUGCCAGCAUCAGCUCCUUAGAUUUUGAUUUAAUUUGAAGCCCUUCCUGCCCCUCCUCACCCCCCUCACCCCUCCCCGCUCUCUCUCUCUUUCUGCCAGGCAUGCCAGGAUUUGGUUUUGUUGUCAGUUUUGGAGGCUGUUGGGUUGGGUUUUUUUGGGUUUUUUUUUGUUUUUUUUUGGUUUCUGGUCAGUUUUGCCAUCGCUAAUUCACUCAGCAGUUCACCAUGGCAUUGAUGGUGAUGGGCUCCCCGAAAAUCUCCAACCUCUCUCCUCAUUUUCCUCCUGGAAUCACAACGGUGCAAGCGGGGGGCAACAGCACCAGGGGCAAACACCAGGGGAGGGGGCAGAAACAAAUCCCCCCCAUUGCCCCUCUCCAUUUCCAGAAGGUUUGGGACGUACCACCCCCCACCCCGUGUCAUCGUGGCCACAGCUGUCCUUGCCCUGGGUGACAAUUUCUCGUUUCUCCUGUGCUUUUUUUUAAGAAACUCAUUUGUGCAACCGGGGCGCUGGAAGAGC